AUCGCCAUGGCUGAGGUGACGUCGUGGGUGGAGGACGUGGAGAAGAUGCUGCUGGAAGAGCACGAGCCGUCAUCGGAGGUGGAGCAAUGGCGGAAGCACUCGAUCUACCGGGUCCCGGCGCGCAUCAAGAGGCUAAACGGCGACGCCUACAAGCCUCAGACGGUGUCCUUGGGCCCCUUCCACCACGGAGACCCCGACCUGCAGCCGAUGGAGAAGCACAAGCGCAGGGCGCUGCUGCGCCUGCUCCGGCGGGCCGGCAGGCCGCUCCGGGACCUCGUCGCCGCCGUGGGGGAGGUGGAGGAGCAGCUGCGGGCGGCGUACGUCGGCCUCGGCGACGAGUGGCGCGACGGCGGCGGGGAGCGGUUCGUGGAGAUGAUGAUCGUGGACGGGUGCUUCUUGCUUGAGGUGAUGAGGACGGCGGCGGCCGCCGGGCGGAGGUACGCUGUCCACCCAGACUACGCGCCCAACGACCCGGUGUUCAGCCGGCACGGCUUGCUGUACAUAGCGCCGUACGUCCAGCGCGACAUGCUCAUGGUCGAGAACCAGCUGCCCCUGCUCGUGCUCCACAGGAUCGCCGCUGCAGCCGAGGGUGGCAAAACAUCGACCUAUGUCAUGAUCAACAGGAUGGUGCUCAACUUCCUUGGCGUGGCAGAUGCUGACAAGCACCCAGCGGCAGUGCCGCACCUGGGGCUCCACCCACUGGACAUCUACCGCCGGAGUCUGCUCCACACCACCGGCAGGACGACAGAGCGCAACAUACAGCUCGAAGAGCCGGCGGCAGCGGCGAAGCCCGCGGACGUGCGCUCCGCGCGGAAGCUCCACGAAGCCGGCAUCCGGUUCAGGCACAGCGGGCGGGCGGACUGCCUCCGCGACGUCCGGCUCCGGGGCGGCACCCUCACCAUGCCGCAGCUCUUCGUGGACGACUCCGCCGAGUACAAGUUCCUCAACCUGAUGGCGUUCGAGGCCCUGCACGUCGGCGCCGGCAACGACGUGUCCGCCUACGUGUUCUUCAUGCGGAGCAUCGUCGGCUCCGUCGACGACGUGCGGCUGCUGCGGAGCAAGGGGAUCGUCCGGAGCGAGUGGGUGGACGGCGACGAGACGGUGGUGCGGCUGCUCAACGACAUGACCAGGGACGUGGUCUGCGACGAGGCGUCGCCGCUCUGCGCCCUGCACGGCGAGGUGGAGGCCUACUGCCGGAGCAACCUGCGCGUGUUCCUGCACGUGUCGUGGUACUACCUCAAGCGCACCUACUUCGGGAACCCGUGGACGUUCCUCUCCCUCGCCGCCGGCGUCCUGCUCCUCGUCACCGACAUCAUCCAGACUGUCUAUUCCGUCCUUUCUUACGAAGUGCAGGGAAAGAGACAGUAUUAUAGUCAUAAUUAAGUAGCGGGGCUGAACGUACCCGACCUCCCAAAUGUUAGCGUUAAACUAUUAGCUAAAUACUCGUGCUUUGUCACGAAAUAACAAGGAGACACCAGUUAUUGUAUAUCUUGUCAAA